UAUAAGACUGAAUUGGUGAUAAUGGACGUGAAGACUUUAGAACCUUACGCUAUUAUAGGAUUCGACGGAUCAGCAAUAAAAGGGCUAAAAGUCCACCCUGAUGGAGAUCAUAUCGUAUACCCCAUGGGCAACAAGGUCUGCAUUCAAGAAUGGAAGAACAAGAAGAUGCACUUCCUCAGCGGACACACCAACAGCGUGUCAACAGUGGCUGUCUCUCCCAAGGGAACUUACGUUGGCUCCGGACAAAUUAACCACAUCGGCUUCAAAGCAUCCGCCAAGAUUUGGGAUUUCAAAAAGAGAAUUAUGAUUGGCAGCCACGAAUUACAUAAGGUGCGUGUGGAGGCGCUGUCGUUUUCAUCAGACGAGCGCUACAUGAUCUCGCUGGGUGGGCGCGAUGACGGCUGCGUGGUGCUGUGGGACUGCGCGGGCGGCUCCGCCACGGCCACGACGGCCGCCUCAAAGCUCACCACGGGCGACGCCGUCACCCUCGCGCCCCUCAACCUGAGGCACAGCGCCUUCGUCACCGGUGGCGAUUCCAACUUGCGCGUGUGGAACGUACGCGCAGAGAGCAAGACACUGGAAGUGUUGGACGUGUCGCUGGGCAAGCUGCGGCGCAGCGUGCGCUGCAUCGCCAUCAGCAAGGACGACGCCUAUGGUUACGCUGGUACCACGACGGGCGACAUGAUAAAGUUCUCAAUCAAUUUCCCCGCGGACCCUAGCGCGUCGGUGACGAACUGCAAGCCCAGCCUGAUCGGCUGCCUCGCCAAGUGUGGGCAAUGGAAGAAGAACAAGGCCCCGGAAACCAUUUGCUACAGCCAGGGUAUAGAAGCAAUACUCAUAAUGGACGACGGGUGCCUGAUAGUGGGUGCGGGUGACGGCACCGUGGACGUGCUGGACGAGAUCAACUGGAAGGGGGACUUCCCGAAGGCGAAGGUCGCCGCGCCCAACAAGCCACAUUUCAAAGCUCUGAGGACCGUGAAGGUGCCGGGCUGCAUCACGUCGAUGGAGCUGCUGGAGUCGCCGCAGCGGCGCGGCGGGCAGCGCCUGCUGCUACUGGGCACUCGCACCAGCGAGAUCUUCUCCAUCGACAUGGCCACCUUCACCCUCACGCUGGUCGUCACCUGCCAUCGUUGCGCCAUCAAUGAUAUCGCUUUCCCCAGGGGCAUGUCGGGCGUGUUCGCGACGGCGGGCGCGGGCAGCGUGCGCGUGUGGUGCCUGCAGACGGCGCGCGAGCUGCUGCGCAUCGCCCUGCCCAACUUCUCCUGCUCCGCCGUGCUCUUCUCCGGCGACGGAAAGUCCAUUGUGUCGGCGUGGAACGACGGAAACAUCCGUGCGUUCACCCCGCUGACUGGCCGGCUGAUUUAUUGCAUCUUCAACACGCACAACAAGGGCACAUCCGCCAUAGACAUGACCUCCGAUGGACGGACCCUCAUCUCCGGAGGCUGCGAGGGGCAGGUGCGCGUGUGGGACAUCCGCCCGGAGUGCCAGUCCCUCAAGAAGGUGCUGAAGGAGCACAAGAGCCCCGUGUCCGCCAUACAGGUGUCCCCCAACGAUACGGAGGCCGUCAGCGCGGGCACUGACGGCUCCGCCAUCAUAUGGGACCUCAUUUCGCUAUCGCGCCGCCAGGUGAUGUACGCGAACACGUUGUUCAUGUGUAUCUGCUACGAGCCGCGCGGCUGCCAGCUGCUCACCGGCGGCACUGACCGCCGCGUCGCCUACUGGGAGACGGCCAGCGGGAACCUCGCCAGGGAGCUAGAGGCCAGUAAAGUAGGAGCCAUCAACGGGCUACACAUCACGAAGGACGGGGAGCUCUUUGUGACCGGUGGAAACGAUCAAAUGGUUAAACUGUGGAAGUACCAGGAGGGCAUAUACACACACAUGGGUCUGGGUCACGCGGCCGCAGUCACCUGCUGCCGCUUCAGCCCCGACUCGCGCUACGUGGUCAGCGCGUGCGCCGCCGGCGGACUCGUCGUCUGGAACGUGCCCGAUCAAUAUCUAUCAAAAGAGAAACCACCAUCGGCUACCCAGAAGCCAAUUCAAUCCCCAAAGACACUCCAACAAGAACUACAUUUGCCUCUCGAGGAUAAGACAACCAAGAAACCUGCGACUGAACGACAGUUCAAAGUUCCAGCCGCGCCUUCUAAGGAUGAAAAAAUAGAAGCUAUGAACACAUCCCGGAGCAGCGUGCACUCGUGCUGCCCGUGUGACGUCACGCAGCCCCAGGGCUCCAAAGUGACGUCACCCGUCAAGGCAGAAACAAAGAAGUGUUGUAGACCACCAGAUAAUCUCCCCACAAGGACUACAAGCAAGGACUACAUCAGUGGAAGUGGAGACAGAAAAUAAAAUUAUAUAUGUAACAUAGUA